CUUGCAUUCCUUCAUUGAGCUGCGAGAUGAAAGUGUGUUCAAAUCUCAGCGAGGGAAGAGUGGAGGUCUGAAUUUAUAUUUAAAGCUUCCAAGACCAUAAGGAUUCAUAGGAGAGACGGAAAGUGCUGCUAAAUAUGAGUUGCCAAGACGUCUGCUAAUUCUCCAUGGCAGCUGCACAGGCUUUACGUCAGGCCUGUAAUUCUGGUAACCAGCUCAGUUUUCAUCCUUUCGCCUCAAAGUCGGUCUCGUACAAGUGUGACAUGGGCAGUGUCAGCAGCUUGAUUGAAAGGCAAGAUUUCUCCCCGGAUGAUUUAAAGCUGGAUUUUAAGCCCCUCCAAGAAUCUCACAGCCCUGGAAACUUUCUGAAGAGAGGCCUGCACCAACGGGAACUACUGACCUACCUGAACAUCACAAAGAAAGAUGGCAGAAGUGCCAAGAAGUUUCCCUCUGGACUGGCAUUCAGAAGAGAGCACAGUGUGGAUGGAGGGGAGAAUGAGUAUCCUGUCUUAUACCACAAAGAUCGCAGGGGGGCAGAUUUUAGCAAGACAUCUCUCCCAGAAAGAGGGCGCUUUGAAAAGUCUCAGUAUGGCCCUUCAGGCUUAAGGUCAUCAAAUGUAAAGAACUUUAUGUCAAUGCAGAGUUUGUGUUCAUCUAGUGGCCACAAAUUAUCCAAAAGCAAUGGCAGCUUGAAUACUCUGGGCAGUAUGAACAGCCCGCCCCGUCGUGGACCUGUAAAAUCAAACAACCGCAACCAUCACAAUCAUCAAGAAAGUGAAAAUGAUGAUGAUAGCCUGUCUGACUCAAGGCAAAACUCCAUCAACAGCUUUAACACGUACAGUCCGGGAUUUAGUGUAGCAAAGGGCCAGAUAAGCUCUUCAAUGGGACAUAUAAAUCAUAUUGGAGGGUCACUAGACCGAGCUUCACGGGUGGCUAGAGACUCCACAUCUGGUGAGAAGACUCCUCUAUCAUGCAAGAGCAUGGCUGCAUUAAGCCGACUGCAGUGUUCAGGGGAACCACCUCCACCCUAUGAGUAUUCACAGUCCGUGGAAGAUGUUGCUCGCCAGCUGGAGGAAAAGCUGCAUGACAAAGGGAUGGAGACAAGGAGAACCCCAAGUGACAGUGAGGACCCCUUUACUAAGGUGUUUGAAGACAAGCGUCGGCUAUGGAUGGAGGAGCUGGAUGAGCUGAAACAGAUGUAUAUGUGUAAGCUACAGCAAAUCUCACAGCAGGCCCUACGCAGUCAACGAGCCCUGCAACUGCAGCUGUACAAAGUGCAACAGGAGAAGAAGCGUCUACAGGAAGAGCUUAGCUCACUGCGUGGGGAGUGUGAUGAGCUGAGGCAAAAACAGUCCCAGCCUGAAAAUCUCAGCCCCAAGCUGGAAGAGUCCAAGUGGGAGAUUUCUCAGAAGGCUGGUGAGAUCUCUCUUCUUAAGCAACAACUAAGAGAUUCACAGGCGGAGAUUACUCAGAAAUUAGGAGAGGUCUUCAAUCUUAAAACAAAACUUCGAGAGGCAAACGCUCUAGCAAAGGAUAAAGAAAAGGAGGCAGCAGAUCUGGCCUUACAUCUUCAGGCAGUUCAAGAUAUGAAUCGCCAAACCUCAGCUGACUCACCAAAAGUGACUUGCGGGAAUCCAUGUAGUGACAUAGAUGAUUCAAGGGGGAGGUGUUUGAGAGACAGCUCAGAGUCUGUAGAUCUAGAGAGGCUAAGGGCUGAGCUGAUGCUGGAGAGGCGUCAGAAUGAGGCACAAAUUCUGACUUUUGAGACUGAACGUAAAGUCUGGAAGGAGGAAAAAGACAAGGUACUGAAAUACCAAAAGGAGAUACAGGCAAGCUACCUGGAAAUGUAUCACCGCAAUCAGACUCUUGAAAGACAGUUACAAGAGCUAAGACAGACAUCUGGACAGUCUCCAACCACUCCUUCAGUUUGGAUGAAUGCUGUUGAAACCUUUCAAAGUUAAUCUCAGAUCAAUGAAGUGUGGUAUGUGCUGCUUGCAGGAGUGUACAGACUAUUGUGAGAUAAUGUAAGCAGCUAUGUUACGUGGUGAGACAACCUGCGAAGAUUUAACUGAUCCUCACAAGUGGAAUUACUUUGUCAAUUUUUUAUGGUUUCACCUGUGUGCAACUUAAGCACUCUUCUAUUGAUAGCAUUAAAUAGUCCAUAUCAAAGUUUCCACUUCUGUGCUGCCAUAAUAAUGAUAUUGGUAUGGUCAUACUAACCCUGUCUCCAAACUCCAGGUCUAAUACCUUUUUAUUUAAUUAAUUUUAUAAUGAUUAAAUGGAUCAGAGUUGUACAAUCAUGUACAAAAAGUUGUACGUUUUGCUGAAAUUGGUGUUUAACUUAAAUACUCCAAGUUGGUAGUGGAAAAUAUAUAAUAUUUUUUCAAAGUAGAUUUUAGGAUUAGAUAUUAAUCUGUUGGCCGCCAAAGAUUGCACUGUCCUUUGGUUACCAAGUGGUUAAAGGAUAUGUGUCUGCUGUAUGUGUGUGUGUGUCCCUGAAGCACUUUAUCUCGUGACCGUUUGACAUCUGGCAGCUUUUUGCAAAUGCUUUGCUUGCCCUAAUUUUGAGACCAUCAUAUUCGAUGUGAGAUAUGUGAAGACAAACCUAAACAUUUAGGAGCUUUAGAAAAUUUACAUUAAAGUGAAGUGAAAUAAAUAGGUUAUUGAUAUCACCAUCAUAACGCAGGUUUGGCAAAGACCAUAAGAUAUACUCUUAUAUGUUUUGUGUACAAGUGUUAUCAACUUCUUAUAAUUUAUUGACUUGCAUUGCUAAGCAAGAAACAAGUCGCUGUAGGUAUACUAUGUAACUGCUAUGCACAUGGUCUGUUUGUGUCCACUGAAGUAAUUUGCCCCAGCUUUAAUAACAGUCGGGAAAAGUAAGAGGCCAAAGAAGAUUUUUUUUAAAUCCCUUGCAAGGCAGGUAAAGAUAUUUUAGAAAUAAAAGCAAUUGCAGCAAAAAAAUAUUUACUUCUAUAUAAGCAAAGUUCAUGUGCAGAAUAUAUACAACAAACGCAGGAAUGAGCUUGGUGCAGAGAAGAGAAGUGAUCUGUGUUUCAUAUGGGGAGCUGUAGAAUAGCAAUGCGGGAUAGGGAAGGGGUGCAUAUAUAAAUUAUUGUGCUCCCCAUGGGCAUAAGGUUGGACAACCAUGGUUUAAUUCCAUAUCUGUGACUAAGUCAGCUACAUUAAGUUGUGCAGGACACAGAGUUGGUUUGUUGAGCUUUUAAAUCAGGAUUAAUGCAGAUAGCUGCAUAACGUACUCUAAACCAUGAGCAUUCAAUGUUUGUUACACAUUCAUAACUGACAUGUCAGUGUGUCAGCUAAAUCUGAAGCUAAAAUGUUGUCCCUUACAUGAGCAAUGUACAGCAUUUUGACCAGUAAACCCUUAAAGGGACAUGAAACCCAUUUUUUUUUCAUUCAUGAUAUAGAAAAAGCAUGCAAUUUUAAACAACUUUCUAAUUUACUUCUAUUAUCUAAUUUGUUUUAUUCUCUUGAUAUUCUUUGCUGAAAAGCAUAUCUAGAUAGGCUCAGUAGCUGCUGAUUGGUUGCUGCACUUAGAAGCCUCAUGUGAUUGGCUCACCCAUGUGCAUUGCUUUUUCUUCAACUAAGGAUAUCUAAAAAAUGAAGCAAAAUAAAUAAUAGAAGUAAAUUGUAAUGUUGUUUAAAUUUGUAUUCUCUUUCUGAAUCAUGAAAGAGAAAUUUUGGGUUUAGUGUCCCUUUAAGGAUCAAACAACAAAAACUCCAUAGGCUUUAUUUAAAGCUCCAAACAUUGGCUACUACUUCAUGUGCCAGUUUCUUUUACAGAAGUCCAGGACCACAAUUCCCUGCCAUAUACCCAAACUAUACCUCUGAACUGAUCAGUUUACACCUAGGACUACCCAACUCUCAGGAUUGCCCCCUGUCCAGGAUUUACCCAUAUAAUUCGGGUUUCCAUUUGUGUGUCCGGGUUUGGUGGGAAACAGCCAUAGCCAGAAAGUUGAUAUUGUGCACAAGCCUACAAUUAUUUCUCUCUUGCAUGUGUGUCUUUAUGUGGGAGUGUGUCUGUGCUUGUCAGUGUAUUUCUGUGUGUGGGAGUCUGUGUGAGAGUGUGUGUUAGUGUGUGUGUGAGAGCGUUAGGUUCUUUGUGUUUGUAUGUAUAUGUGAGUGUGUGUAAGUGUGAGAGGUGCAAGAGUGUGUGUGAGAUAGUGUGAAUAUCUAUGCUUUUAUACAUUGGGCCAGAUUACAAGUGGAGUGCAAAGGUUUGUGCGCUAAAAAUAAGGGUUUUAUCAAGGGUGUUUGCGAGUGUCGGGUUUACCACUGGUUGAAAGUAAACAUGAUUGCUUGACCGCAACCACAGUUAAUGCUAGAAUGAUUACCACGUCCUCAGAGCUCUGGUUAACUUUCCAAAAACAAAAAAGUGUCACAAAAAACAUAAAAAAUACAUUACAUAGUACACUUACACUAAUAAUAACACCAUCUAAUAAAAAGUUUUCUAAAGAAAUAUUGCACACAAAAGUUAAAAAGGCUCAAAGAUAGAGGUCUUGGGGGGGGGGGGGUUGCAUAUAUAAGUGCAUUGGAGGCCUUUGCAGUCAAGUAGAUGAAAACAUGUAAAAGCAUAUUUGUGCAAUAUUCAUAUUUAAUAAAGUGUUAUUCUGUGUAUUUUCUGUAAAUAUUUUACAUUCCAAUGUUCUGCACAUAGGGGAAUAUGUUCUAUGUAUUUAUAAAUAGAUAUUCCUAUAUAUAUAUAUAUAUACACACACACAAAUAUAUAUAUACUGUAUAUAGGUAUAGAGAUAUAUAUUGUACCAAAAAAUCAUCAUAUAUAUAGAAAUAUGCAGGGCCUAUGAAUACCCAAAAACUCCCCUCGCCCACCGGGCAAGUAAAUGACAAAACUUACCAGCCCGCAAGAAACUUUAGUUGCCCGUGCGUAUCUGCACGUAGUGUGUAUAUAUCUUAUGUAAAAAGGCAAUAUAAAUAGUGUUAUUGUAAUCCCAUAAAGCAUUGCAGACAGAUGUCCCAAUUUGAAUGCCCUGCAAGCUGCUUAAUAUUUGGGACUCAAUAAAAAGGCUUUAACUUUAGAAAAUAUUUUUCUAUCACUAGGUAGAAAAAAACAGGGAUAUUAUCAUUGUAAUACUGUAUGUACGUCCACUGCUCUAUAUUGUUAUGGUAGGCAGCUUGCUCGUGUACAUUGUUCUGAAGUACUGCAGAAGACCCUGGAGUACGUCAGCAUAAUGUACGUGAGCAAACUGCCUACCAUAACUAUAUAGUCACUUUAAGCCAUACUUCAUUCAUACACAGAGAAGAAACACUCACCGCUCUAGCAGGAUGUCUUGCCGCGCAGACAACUUUAGGGGUGGGAAGUAUCAACUGACAAGGAAGAGACCAAGAGCCAUGGAGAUAAGGGGAGGUCUUUGAAUGCAUUUAACAGAAAUAACCUCCCCUUUCUACCAUCCUUUCCCUUGUGUGCGCAUAUGUGAAAGGCAAUUUGACAUUUUUUAUUAUUUCUUCUUUUAUCCUGAUUAAAAUGUCAGGUCGCCGCUCGGGCUGGUAAGCUAAAAAAUGUACUUGCCCGCAAGAAAUUUAGGUCGCCAUUGGCGACCGGACCGGUCUAUUCAUAUGCCCUGAAUAUGUAUUUAUGAAUGAUAGAACAUAUUCUUGUAUGUAAAGAACAUUGGAAUGUAAAAUAUUCAUAUUUUCAUGUCUGGUUAGGACACAUGAGAAUAUGCAAUCAGGUUUGUGCACGAGCAGGGUGUUAGUUUUUUUUCCCCCUAUUUUUUUUUUCUCCAUUCGCUUCUAUGGGGGAAUAUGUGAACAAGCAUGCGAUAUUGUAAGUUCAGCUUUUUAUGCCCGACGGGUUAGCGCACAAGCUUACUUACAACUCAUAAUAUGAGUGCAACCCAAAGCACGCAAAAAGCUUACUUCUAGAGCAGUUAACGCUCAAGCUGGAUCGUUAAUUAACUCACCACUUGUAAUCUAGGCCGUAGUGUGUACUUUGCACACAAAAAAAAACAUUUGAUGUGCUGUACAGGGCUCAAGAGGGUUCGGGUUUGGCCUGAGCUAAAGGUGGCAAACAUACCAACUCUUCCCCAGACUCUUCCAGAGUGGUCAAACUCAAGCCCGAGCCUCCCGGUCUCAGCAACAAAGGGUCUGGAUGUUGUGAGCUAUGUGUACUGAAAACUCUUAUUGCUAUCAGAAGUUUACAAAGAAAAUGUAAGAAAUUGUCUCCUAGGAUUGUUGAAAUUUUUAUGUCAGUCCCAAAGCUUCCUAAUGUAGAAACGAGAUACUCCAAUACUUACACCUCCCAUGUGCAGGACAUCUUGCAAGUUUUGGUCUGUGCUUUUCUUAUGUAUGUUAGACUUUUCUGAAGUGUAAUCAUAAUGAUCCUGUGCUUGCAUGUGAAUAGUGUUUGGAGGGUUUAGAGCAGUGGUCUCAAACUACUGGCCCUGGGGCCAUAUGCGGCCCUCAAGGUAGUUUAAUCUGGCCCUCCCUUUUUUAUUAGGUAAAUAAAUCAUUUGGCCCCAUCAAUAUUUUUAGGGUUCUAAGAGGUGAAACAAGUUGAUGUUCUAUAUAGGCACUAACAGGAUAAAUAUAAAGACAAUUAUACAUUGCCCAGUGUAGACUCCCAAAAUGCACUGCUUGGAUAAAUGUCACUUUUUAUUCAGUUUCAGAAUUAUCACUUUACUUGUCACUCACAAGAUAAAUAUACACUGUGUAUGUCUAUUGUGGACUAUAACCCGUGGGUAAAUGUCACUUCCAGUUUCUAGUAUAUAACGUUCCAGAGCACUCACCCUGUUCAAGUGGCCCCCAUGGAAGAAGAACACUUGGCCAGUGGCCCACGGAUGCAAUGAGUUUGAUAGCCCUGGUUUACAGCAUACAGUAAUAGUGGCUCUGUACCAGAAUUAUGUUGGCACCUGGCAGCUAUAGGCAUGUGGCCAAAACUUUGAAGAAAAAUCGUUUUAUUUCUGUGGUUUUUUUUUUGUUUGUUUUUUAUUUGUGGUGUUGCCAUUUUUAGUUUUAAAUGUGAACCAAUUAUUUGAAAUCACAAAUAAAUUGGAUUUUUUAUUUGU